AUGACUGCCAAUUGCUCGUCAGACGACUCAUUUGGCCCGGCCUUUUCGUGCCCAGAGCCUGGCACCACGUUCGACUUUACUCUGACCUUUGAGCAUAGCAUCCUGUCCAUCGUGCCGUGCGCCAUUCUGCUGGUUAUACUUCCAGUACAGCUGCGUAAAAUAUGGAGCUGGAUGCCUAAAACUCACCCAAGCAAGACUCUUGCUGGGAAAGCUGUUAUCAGCACGAUAUUGGUUGGCCUGCAUGUUGCUUUACUAGUUCUCUGGUCGAGGUUGAACCGGAGUGGCGUCCCGCUGAGGACUGCUAUCCCCUACGGAGUCGUUUCUCUCGUUGCCACUGUGGCAGUAUCUGCCCUGGUCCUGCUGGAACACGGCCGAUCUUGGAGACCAUCCUCCUUGGUCAGCGUCUACUUGGGCAUCUCGGCACUCUUUGAUGCCGUCCAAGUGCGCACCAUUUUCCUUCGGGGACCGUCGACCGCCAUUGCGAGCGUGCUCUCUGCGGCAUUAGCGCUGAAGUUGGCCUUGCUGGGUCUCCAGACCCGGAACAAACGCUCUUAUCUCAAAGAGCCUUACCGCCGAUUCCCUCCUGAGACACUCAGCGGCAUUCUCAACCGUAGUUUCUUCUGGUGGCUCCGCUCGACCUUUUUUCAAGGGUACCGCGUUGGAUUGACGCUGGAUUCAAUAUGUGAUAUCGACGUUGAAUUGAAAUCUGCUUCGAUGCAGUCGCUGAUUCUUCAUGCGUGGACAAGGCACUCUGACAAGGGACGCUUUGCUUUGGCGUCUGCACUCGCCUCGGCCCUACGACGCCCAUUACUAACAGUAGUCCUUCCACGACUAUGUCUAGUGGCUUUCAACUAUGCACAACCAUUUCUGAUUCAACGAGCAGUCAGCUUACUAGAAGAACCAGUGAAUGAACAAACAGCCAAUGAUAGAUACGGCAUUAUUGGAGCUACUGCCUUGGUGUAUCUCGGUAUUGCACACAAGCUUUACAGAUCCUUGACCAUGGUUCGAGCUGCCACUGUUUCCUUGAUAUACGUCACCUCACUGGAAUCUUUCCCAGGAACACUCGACGAUGCCAAGACAGUUACGCUCAUGAGCACCGAUGUCGAACGUACUGUUAGUGGUCUGGAACUUUUGCAUGAGACAUGGGCCCGAGUUCUUGAGAUAGCGAUUGGAAUAUGGCUCUUGGCGAGGCAGAUUGGCGCUAUCUCCAUAGCACCAGUGAUUGUGGCAGCAGCUUGCUUCACUUGGCAGACCUGGCUCGCAAGAUACAUGGGUCCUAGGCAGCUACCAUGGAUCAAAUCCAUUCAGAGUAGGGUAGCAAACAUCUCUUCGGUCCUUCGGAACAUGAAGGCAGUGCGGAUGAUGGGACUGGCGAAUCUUGUUGAGGAGAUGCUGCAGAUGCAACGUCUGAGAGAACUCCAUCUAUCCAAACCGUUCCGCUGGAUGAUCGUAUGGGUCAACAUGAUUGCCUCAAUGCCGCAAGUUCUGGCACCUUUAGUUAUAUUCGCUGCCUACGCAAUACGAUCUCGGGUCGAUAACAGCGGCCAACUCUCCGUCGUCACCGCAUUUAGCUCACUCGCCAUCAUAUCCUUGAUCACCAGUCCGGCGGUACACCUUCUGAGUUCCAUUCCUGCACUGAGAGCCGCAGAAGGCUGUGUAGACCGCAUACAAAAGUUUCUCCUCUCGCCCAAGAUUAGCCGUAACGAUGAGCACUCUUCGAGAAAGUCCUCAGAAAACGGCUCCAAAUCAAGUCCAUACCAGCAUGUGAUGGUGAAACUCGGCGAGGGGAUCAAACGGGAUGAGAGCGGGCAUCUCAUCAAAUUCGAAGCAGUGGAUUUGCGUCCUUACAAAAACGCCGAGCUGCUCCUCAAAAAUGCGAGUUUUGGCAUACCCGAGGCUAAACUAACCAUGGUCAUUGGCCCUGUAGGGUCUGGAAAGUCCACUUUCUUAAAGGCUCUGGUCGGAGAAAUCACCCCUGAGCGAGGGUCCCUUACCAUCGGAACGCGCUCUGUUGCCUAUUGUUCACAAACCCCAUGGCUCCCCAAUAGUUCUUUCCGCACUGUUCUGUGUGGGCCAACUGAAUACGAAGAAGCCUGGUAUGAAACCGUGUUGGAGGCGUGUGACUUAAAACGUGACGUACAGCAGUUUUCACAUGGAGACCAGACAAUAAUUGGGAGCCGGGGCGCAAUCUUGAGUGGCGGGCAGAGACAACGACUGGCUUUGGCACGAGCUAUCUACGCACGUAAGAGCCUACUUCUUCUGGACGACAUCUUCAGUGCUCUAGAUCGGGACACGGAAGAGAACGUUAUUUACAGGCUUUUUUCGGACCAAGGCCUUGUACACAAGCUGCAGUGCACCACAGUCCUUGUCACUCACUCAAUGCGUCACACCUCUAUGGCCGACAACGUCCUUGUUUUUGAUCCCGAGACCAAGACAGCCAAAGCUCGUGCUAAAAGCGAGCUGAUAUCGGACAUUUUGCCUCCCAGCCCCGAAAACUCGAAAGACGAGCAGAAAGAAGUUAAUGUAACGCGAGUCCCACAAAAGUACUCAUCCCUCACGGCCAAUAAUGCCGUGACGGGAGCUACUCAGGAAGACUUCGAAGAUCUGGCACGGCGAACCGGCGAUAUGUCUGUAUAUUUGUACUAUUACCGUGCUAUUGGUUUGCCACGCACUCUGGGUGCCUGCCUAAUUCUAGCUGUCUUCACUUUCACGUCUAAUUUUCCCAGAUUCUGGCUCGAGUGGUAUACGGAUGACCCGGUUUCUAGGUUUUCGGCCUUUCUUGGACUUUACUUCAUGUUGGUAGUAGUGGCAUCUUCCAGCCAAGGCGCCAUGAUAUGGCAAAUCAUGAUUAGUAUAGUUCCAAAGUCCGGCGCGGAACUGCACAAAAUUCUUUUGCGUGUAGUUAUGCGCGCACCAAUGCAAUUCUUCUCCAGCAUUGAUUCUGGCGUAACACUCAACCGCUUCAGCCAGGACAUGACUUUGGUUGAUGCUGUCCUUCCUACAGUCGCCUUCGGAACGGUUCUUGCUUUGAUGCAGUGUAUUGCCCAGCUCAUCUUCGUCUGUCUAGGAUCGAGCUAUAUGGCAAUAUGCGUGCCUGUGGCGGGAAUUACAUUGUAUUUGAUCCAGAAAUUCUACCUUCGCACGUCGAGACAGCUACGUUUCCUCGAUCUAGAAGCUAAAAGCCCUUUGUUUACUCACUUUGUUGAGACGAUAGAAGGUCUGGCUAGCAUUCGCGCAUUCCAUUGGCAGGCCGACUUCACCGAAGCAAAUCUCAAGCAUCUUGACCAAUCACAGAAGCCCUACUACCUUCUCUUCUGCAUCCAGCGCUGGUUGAUACUUGUGCUAGACCUGAUGGUCGCCGCGAUGGCCACAGUCCUGAUGGUUCUGGCAUUUACGGUCCGCGCCACAACUAGUAGCGGCUCGUUGGGAGUGGCGCUGACUGCUGUUCUAUCAUUCAGCCAGUCUCUUCAAGACCUGAUGCUGAGCUGGACACAGAUGGAGACAUCGCUCGGGGCGAUUGCGAGGACCAAAAAUCUAGAGGACGCUAUCCCUCCGGAAGACGCAAAUGACGGCAAGGUGCAAGAACCACAGACCGGUUGGCCCAGCAAAGGCUCCAUCGAAUUCCAGCACGUGUGCGCGUCUUAUGAUGGUAAAGAUAUGGCCUUGCGGGACAUUUCGUUAUGUGUGAAGCCAGGGCAGAAGGUCGGGAUACUCGGUCGGACCGGAAGUGGUAAAAGCACGCUGAUCGCGGCCCUUCUUCGUCUUGUUGACGUUGUGCCACCGGAACACUCCACAAUGGGCGAUGCACGUGUAGGGCGGAUCCUAAUCGACGACACACCAAUCACCACGGUAUCUCGCACAGCUCUUAGGUCGCGUAUCUUGUCCAUCCCGCAGGAAGGGCUCACACUUGGCGGCACCAUCCGCUUCAACGCCGAUCCCUACCACGCCACGGUAUGCCGCGACAGCGAGUCGGGAAGUAUCGACGACAAGUCCCACGAUGAGUUGAUUCUAUCGGCCAUCUCUAGAGUGGGACUCUGGGAGGCGAUUGAGGCUCGGGGAGGUCUCGAUGGCGACAUGACGUCGCAGCCGCUCUCGCAGGGCGAAGGUCAGCUGUUCGCUAUCGCCAGGGCCAUCAUUCGGAAGGAUAUUGCGAGUGCACCAGGACCCAUGGAUUCCGGUGCGGCCCAGGACGCUCCUCGUCGCAGUGGUAACACGACAGCAUUCUCAGCCAACGAUGGCAUCCAAAGAACUCAACCAACAGCGCGGCACAGCAUCCUACUUCUAGACGAAGCAACUAGCAACCUAGACGUUGGAACGGAUGCAAAGAUUCAGACCCUAAUCCGGAACGAGUUUCGUGAAUUCACCAUUGUAACGGUCGCCCACAGGGUAAGCUCCAUUAAGAGCUCAGAUAUGGUAGGAGUUAUGGAAGAUGGGCGCCUGGUGCGAUUUGGACCGCCGGCUGAAAUUUUAAGAGAGAAUUAA